AAAAAGCUCGUCCGGUCGUGAAACAGUAUUAUCUCUAGUCUCAACUCUCAAGUGUUUAACAAUGGCGACUCCAUUGACGAGGUGCCUGAUCUAUAAGGUGAUAACUCUUCUUCUCUUCUGGCCGGCGAUAGCCACCUCCGAUUCUCCGUUUAUCGUCUCUCAUAAGAAAGCUUCCCUAACUAGACUCAAAAAUGGCGUCGAACGAGUUUCCGUCUCCAUCGAUAUCUAUAACCAAGGAUCUGUAACUGCAUAUGAUGUAAGCCUCACUGAUGAUAGCUGGUCCAAGGAGAUUUUUGACAUUAUCUCUGGUAACACUUCAAUGUCAUGGGAUCAUCUUAACGCUGGUUCUCUCGUGUCGCAUUUCUUUGAAUUGGAGUCGAAGACGAAAACAGUAUUCUACAGUGCUCCGGCGGUUAUCACAUUCCGUGUUCCUACAAAGGCUGCUCUACAGGAAGCAUAUUCCACUCCUUUACUGCCUCUGGAAAUCCUUGCAGACAGAACUCCAGAAAAGAAGUUUGACUGGGCUAAGAGAUUGUUGGCUAAGUACGGGUCUUUGGUCUCUGCUAUCUCCAUUGUGGUUUUAUUUGUGUAUGUGGUUUCAACUCCAUCAAAGUCUGGUGGUAAAGGAAACAAGAAGAAGCAUUGAUUGAUUGUUUAUGCGCAAACAGCGUGUCUGAGCUGGGGGACUUCAUCUAGCUACUUCAGCUUGUGACUCAUGUUGUAGUCCAACUUGAAUUAUACUGCAUUUUGUUUUUAUGUUGAAAUUUGUUAUAGAACAUCACUAGACUUUAACAUGGAAAAUAGUGUUACACCACAUAUAUUGACAAGGCCCUUUUCUUAUUCUAAA